AUGUACUUUGUAUACUCUUUACUGGUGCUGGCUGUCUUAAGCCAAGUCAGUCGGGCAUUAAAUGUCAGCGAUCGAUCUUCAGUGGUUAAUUACUGGAGUUUCGAUUUAUCUAGCGAUGUUGGCUACGGUGACCAAAAGCGACUUGCAAACUAUUGUGAGUCUUCCAAGAAUGAUAUUGUCGUUCUAUCCUCUGUUAUUGAUUUUAAUACCAGCGGCUGGCCUAUUCAUGACUUUUCGAAGUUGUGCAGCGAUGGAGAAAAGUCAAACGAUGCAGACCUGAAACAUUGUCCUCAGAUGGAGAUGGACAUUCAAACCUGUCAGAAGAAUGGCAUCAAAGUACUGCUUUCCAUUGGUGGUUUAAUUGACAAUUCUACUCUUGACGAUGAAGAGGAUGGUCCAAAAAUUGCUUCCCAAUUAUGGAAUGUCUUUGGCGGUGGUGAAGACGUAUACCGUCCUUUUGGAAAAGCUGUUGUUGAUGGCUUUAAUUUAGAAGUCAGUGAAGGUAAUAAUGCUACUAACACUGCUUCUGCAAAACAAUUUUUCCAGAUCUUCGCUUCAAAUCCCGAUCACAAAUACCAUUUGUCUACUGCUACUCCUAUUGCCAGGUUCAAUGAAAAUAUGCCGAUGAACGGUACUGCUAAGAGCUAUUUUGCUUUUCUUUCCUCGCACGCAAUAAACUCUUCUAUUGGUGUUGGAAACGAAAACCACAAUAGUACUUCAUCAAGUCUCAACGUUAAUAAGAAUGCGCAGUCUAAUUCAACCGUGGCAAUUCAAUCAACUUCAGCCUCUAUUAUUACUCAUUAUACUUCUUCUAUGAUUACUUCAGAUAACUCCCACACGACGGUACCGACAACAUCAUCCGCACCUUCUUUACUUAAGUCAACUUUGCCUUCAGUCAAUCCAUCACCAAUUUCUGAAGCUCGUAGAGGUAUUAUGACAGAAUCUUUUGACAUCUUUAAUACCUUCACACACAAAGUGCCUUUUCAGACAUUGUCUUCAUACACUUACUUGAGUACUUUUGAUUCGGAUAGCAUUGUUGCUUUUACUUCUCAUUAUACCAUAGGAGAUCAAAAUACCGCACCGAAUGCUGGAUUGGGUAACCCAAGCUCUUCAACACCUAUUCCCACUUCUACUAGUAUGUCAAGUACUUUUACCCCUACCGCUUCUUCGUCACCUUCUACUAAACGGCCUUCGCAAGUACCCUCUUCAAGUUCUUCUAGCUUACCCGGUAGUAGCUGGUCUACUAUGAAUCCUUCUUCCAGUUCUUCUGCCACACCUUACAAUCCUUGGUCUUCAGCAGAGCCCUCUUCAAGUUCUUCUAGGUCACCCGUUAGUAGCUGGUCUACUAUGAAUCCUUCUUCCAGUUCUUCUGCCACACCUUACAAUCCUUGGUCUUCAGCAGAGCCCUCUUCAAGUUCUUCUAGGUCACCCGUUAGUAGCUGGUCUACUAUGAAUCCUUCUUCCAGUUCUUCUGCCACACCUUACAAUCCUUGGUCUUCAGCAGAGCCCUCUCCAAGUUCUUCUAGCUCACCCGGUAGUAGCUGGUCUACUAUGAAUCCUUCUUCCAGUUCUUCUGCCACACCUUACAAUCCUUGGUCUUCACCUAUGCCCUCUCCAAGUUCUUCUAGUUCACCCGUUAGUAGCUGGACUACUAUGAAUCCUUCCUCCAGCUCUUCUGCCACACCUUCCAGUUCUUGGUCUUCACCUAUGCCUUCUUCAAGUUCUUCUAGGUCACCCAUUAGUAGCUGGUCUACUAUGAAUCCUUCUUCCAGUUCUUAUGCCACACCAUCUAGUUUUUGGUCUUCACCUAUGCCCUCUCCAAGUUCUUCUAGUUCACCCAUUAGUAGCUGGACUACUAUGAAUCCUUCCUCCAGCUCUUCUGCCACACCUUCCAGUUCUUGGUCUUCACCUAUGCCUUCUUCAAGUUCUUCUAAUUCUCCCGUUAGUAGCUGGUCUACUAUGAAUCCUUCCUCCAGCUCUUCUGCCACACCUUCCAAUUCUUGGUCUUCAGCGGUACCCUCUUCAAGUCCUGUUCAAUCGUCAUCCAGUGCUUCUUCUACCAGUAGCUUCUCUUCAAAUACAUAUACCUCAAUGCCUAUUGCUACUAGUAACAGCGUCAAUUCGAAUGUGGACUCAGCUGGACUGUGGUAUCUGACGGCUUUCUCUACUUUCAGAGUUCCUGAUGGGUUCGCUUGGUCGAAUAUCAAUGGAUUUUCAGUUUUAAUGCCAACGGGAGGCGACUUUAAUAAACGUAACGUUAAUACUAGAGCUACUGCAAGUCCAUUACCUUCAGCUACAUGGAGCACAAUUAUCACUCAAGCAUCAGCCCCUUAUUGA